UGCAGGUCUUGAUAUAUUAACUUCCUAUUUACCUUAUUUCUUUAUCUCAUGCUAGUUAUAUCCUUUUAUUUCCAAGUCCUCCAAAGCUCCGGUUACUACUGUCCGCCAAGUUCCCUUUAAAACUGUGAGAGAUUCUUUUGUGCGCAGAUAUUGGUCGACAUGCACGGGCUUAUUUUGGGAUACCCAGUUGCUAAAACCAGAUUGCUUAUGCACAAUGUCCCGUAGAUUCAAAGCACAAGACUCCGAGGACCUGUCUCUGAUGGAGGAGGCUGAGGUCCUUCUCUCACAAUUUAUGAGACAAUCAUCGCGCGAUACCCAGGAAUCACCAACAGAGAAUGAUAGCAAUCCGGACUCAAGCUCAGAUAAAUACCCUGUAUCAAGGUUCCUUCCUAAAAAGAAUGUCAAGAGGCAUGCUAGGCUACCUGGAUCACAUACUGAAUCUAGGUCACUGUCCAACGCAAAUGGAAAGCACCAAACAACCAGCAUACUCUCCUCCAAACAAUCACACCGGGAUCAGCAGUCUAUCCCAGUAUCGUCACUUAGAGAUACUCGUGAGAUAGCCGGAGCUCGGCGUUCUAGCCGUGCAAAAUCUGGGCCAGUCAACUAUUAUGAUAAAGCCAACUACCUUGGUUUUGAUUGCGAUGAAGAAGCUGUUGAUAACCGUACCGACAUCUCCCCUGUCAUAUCUCAACAAAUUCAAUCUCCUAGCAAUACACCCUCAUUUCAAUUCUCACCUCGGCAUCAGGAUCGAAAGAAGAACUCACGUGUCAUCUAUUCCUCUCCUUCUGUUCAGAUCCUGAAGUCAUCGUAUCAAUCAAUAGGUGAUUUUGAAGAUCUGAGGCAUGCAUGUUAUUCCCCGGGCUAUACUCCAGCGGAAUAUGCUAGGAAGUAUCAGUGUGGGUCACCGCCAGCAGACAAUAUCCUCCAUAUUGACUUUGACCGGGAAGAAUUAAAAGCUGUCUUGAACUUAUUCUCAUUUUAUGGUUACAAGCUACCCGAGAACAUGGAUAUGUCUCUUUCAGAUCAGAUUAUCCACUCCGCUUCUAUACACAAUGCUCCCCAGAAGAUUUCGAAAAGAAUUUGGCGAAUAUGUGAACUUGCAAAACUUUUACCACAGGAAAGCAGUGGGGACAUUAACAUGUGGAUCUUAAAAGUGAUGGCAUCGGACUCAAACGAAUGGUGUAUGCGUCGUGCCAAACGCUUGAUGAAAAAGGUUUGGGGGAUAAACAAGAACAAGAAUCAGCAAAGUCAAUCCUUUUCUUCUGAUGAUCAGCUGCAGAAAUUGUCUGCAGCUUUGCAGUUUGCCUUAACACUCAACCGGCGGGGGUUUACUGACAUAGAUGCCUUCAUUGCUGAUGCAAGGAGAGGUUGCCUUGCCUCUAGUCAUCAUAUUAUCCAAGCUACCGUACUGGAUGGCAGGUCCGCUGAGGCACAAAAUUCCUUGAAUGGACUUUUGCAACGCCGUGAAUUGGGGCGUCAAACAAACCAGCGGCUUCGCUCCAGUAUAAAUGAGGGCUUCAAACUUGCCAAGACAUGGAAAGGUGCCUCGAAUGAUAUGAUUGUAUUGGCUUGGUCACCUGAUGGAACAAAGUUUGCAGCAGGCGCCACUGCCCAAUGUGAUGAGCAUAACAUGGAAUACAAUAGGAACAACAACCUGGUCGUUGGGGAUUUGGUCGAUAAUAGCCUGGCAGAGCUGCCUGACCAUUGGCUCCCUCGUCCUUCAGGGAGAGCUGCAGCAAGUCAAACCGUGAACGACUACCGUCUUUGGAUGAGCGUCACUUCAAUCGAAUGGUGGGGUGAUGCGCUCUUUACCGCUAGCUAUGACAACACGGUCAAGCUGUGGGAUAGCCUUGGCAAUCGCAUGUCAUGCUUCAAGACGCUACGGCACGAUUCGAAAGUGGAGGUUAUGGCUCGCUCAAACUUCGAGGGGAACUUGUUAGCAACUGGCACUCAUUCAAUAGGCCUAUGGGGGAUAGCGGAGUCUAGUUACGGUCCCUUAGAAAUGCCCAGGUCACGAUCUAGGAAAGACAUAGAACUGGUACCUACGUCUCUAGCGUGGGGUGUUAUCAAUGCGACUGGGAACAUUCUACUUGCUGGGAUGUCGGAAAAGGAUGAUGGUGUGCCACAAACUGGUCUCUUAGCAGGGUGGCACAUAGGCGAGGCAUCGGCAACGCCUAUGCAAUUCUCUCCUAACUCUCAGAACAUGUUUGACAUCAAAUGGCAUCCUACUAUCCCUAUAUUUGCAGCCGCAACAUCCCUAGGCCAUGGCCUUACUAACAAAAAUUCCAAGGACACCAGGUCCUUAGUCCGAUUAUAUCAACCCCUGUCGUCGAGAGCCUGCACAAUGGAGUUUGAAUGCCCUGCACUAGACAUCAAUGAUGUCAAUAUCUGUCCCAUGAAUCCAAAUUAUGUGACAGCCAGUUGCACCGAUGGCAUUACCUAUGUAUGGGAUCAUCGCCGCUCUGACAAUAUUCUUCACAAACUCAAACAUGGCGAGCCUCUGAACCAGGUAGAUGAGACCAUUAGCAGAGAUCAGGCAGAUGUUGGCGUGAGAAUAGCAUUGUGGGGUGAUAGAAUUGACGAAUUCUAUACUGGUGCCUCAGAUGGCAUCUUAAAGCGAUGGGAUAUCCUCAAAGCCCCGGACGAUGUGCUCGUCCAAGAAACAGCCAAGUUUGAAGAAGAGAUAAUGUGCGGUGCUUUUUCGAAAGAUAAGACCAAUCUCUUGAUUGGCGAUGCCGCCGGGGGAAUUCAUGUCCUAUCCUCAGGGCCAUUUUCAAAUACCGGGAGUCUUUCUAUGGAAUUCAAAAGUGCGCCUAGACCUCCACGACCACGUUAUUUGGAAACAAAUGAAUACAGUUCCGAUUCAGGCAUUGGAGCAGGCUCCGAGCUUUUAUUGUCCGGCAAACUCAUUAGACACCCGGUCUAUGGAGUUGGACAAGGUCCGUACUAUGAUGGUCCCUUCGCAGCUUGGGCUCGUCCUGAGAACACGUCUCGAGACGAGAUCGCGCGAACUUGUCUAAAGGAGGAAGUACAGUUACGACAACUCGAAGGGACUAUCCCAGAAUUUCGAAUCGGGCUAGAUACUGAAUCGCGGGAAGAUGUGAGAGCGCAGAUCAAGCUCGCAAAUAUCCGGAACGGGCGGCCCCAUCAGAGGAAGAGAGAAAGUGAGAUGCUUGCAGAGCUGGAGUCCAAUGAUAGGGCAAUUAAUAUGAACCCCGUCGGUGAGAGAUCAUCGCUGUUACCCUUUUUAUCACACAGGCCCAAGCGAAGGAUAGGAGAAAUGCCGAAAGCAUCGGGUCUUACCUACAUUGGAAGCGAGAUGAUCGAUUCAACUGGUGACACUGAUGCAGACGAGGACUUUAGUUCAACAGGUAACACCCAUCUCGCCGAAUCCAGAAAGACCCUCCAAGAACUGGAGGAAGAACUGGAGGAAGACUUUUGGUGGCCGCAUAGCGGGACCAUUGAUGCGAAUAUUCAAGACGUCGACAGUAUUUAGUGUGUACUCGACGGAACCUGUCCAGGUGUGGUUGAUGGUUCCUGGCACGCCAAACUCUGAACACUAUCAUCAGCCAAUGACACGACAUCGAUGAGCAACCCCUGGUGAAUACAACUACUACCUACACCCGGCAAACUACUUAGAUCUCGUCCACCACCCCCCCGGCAAUCCAGGGACCUGCCUCUAUGCCUACUUCAUCGAGCGAGUUCUGUCAUAUCGAUGCUUCUACAUUUCUUUCGCGCGCUGUUCAUUCACCAUCGAGAAAUUUUGAGAGUUGUAUGCUCCGCCUGUUUAGCUUUCAAUACCUUCUGUUCCCGACUUAUGGAAGUCUCAAUCUAUAUUGUAC